AUGGAUACACCCAAGACAUUGAAAUCCCAACAAGCUCCUGUGUAUAUAGACAAUGACGUCAAGACAAGAGCCAGACAAAUCUUAAGUCAAAGUUUUAAUAUGGAUACUGGUGAAUUGGAACUUGUAAAAGGCAGUGACACAUUGUUUGAAGCUGUCAGUAAUGCUUUACAGAUGGAAAGAAACGCGUGGAAGGCAAGACUUCAAGAAGCAUUGAAAGAAAUAGAUAAACAGCACAAGUAUUCCUUACUCAUUGAAAGCUUUUUACAAGAUAUAGCUCAUGGUCUGGGCAUGCCAACAGAUACAGAAUCACCUCAGCUGAAGCAUAUAACUGCAUGUGUUCAGUUUAUCAAACAGUACCUGGACGAAGCCGCCUUUCAAUCCAACAGUAUCAAAACACUGCAAGCUAAAAACGAAGAGUCUCUCAAAGUCAUGAGCCUGCGCAUAAGUCGCUUAGAAGAAGACAGAGUGAAACUGAGAGAAGAUUUAAACUACAAAAACACAACUCUGACCAGGGUUCGCGAUGAGCUGGCGUCUUGUAAGAAACAACUGCAAGUGGCCAAGCUCCAAUUACAAACUUUCAAAAACAAUAAACUUUUCCACGUCCCACAGCUGGAGUCUAGACGCGAUAAAGACAUUCUAAGUAGAGAAGGCAAAUCUCUUAUUAAGCGGAAUAGGCUGGACGUUGUCUCCUCAAAAGUGUCGAAAAACAGCCCAUUUCUCUUAGUGGAUCUAAAGGGAAGCAAGAGUUCCACCGGUAAAGACGAGAUGGUAAAGACAGUGAUGAAGUGCUUAAGGUGCCAUCAACUCUUUCGAAGGGGAGAUAACAACAGUAAAUCUUGCAAUUUUCAUAGCCAGGGCAAACAAAUUAAGGAACUUUGUGAUUCCAAUGGUCAAUUGGUAAAAGCCUAUUAUAUAUGGUCCUGCUGUAAGAGAGAUGCAGAUGAUCCUGGUUGUAUGUACGGACAUCACUAUUAAGAAUAAAUCGCAGUUUGUCAUUCAGAGGCCCGUAGGCUAGUUAAUCAACGGAAAAGUCAAAACUUCAACGAGACUAGUGAAUAUUA